AUGCGCCGCUCUUCCUCGCGGGCCCUCAUUCUGCAUCCGCUGUACGCGCCUCUGAGCAGUGGGCGAUCGCCCGAGGAUCAAGCCAUUGCCGAGUGGCUAUGCGCACUUGCGGCAGCUUCCUCGCGCUCACAAGAGCCGCUCAGUCUCGUGGACUUUACGUGCGACGAGACGAUUCACGCCAUCUUGAGCUUCCUCGAUGGCCCGUCGCUCGGCUCGGCACGCAGCGUGUGCCGCUCGUGGUACCACGUGGGCAGCGACGACCACUUGUGGCUCAACUUGUGCCUCCGCGAGUUCCACGUGUUGCCCUCGCAGCUCACCACGCAGCCCGAGAGCCACCAGAAGCUCUACCAGUUUGCCUGUCGCUCGCUCAAAGCGCUACUGCGUGACUACUUGCACGAGCAAUGCCUCACGAAUGUGCAACAGUCGCUGCGCAUUCCUCGUGCGGCUGCACUGACGCUUAUUGCGUCGCGCUCGUCUGUGUGA